AUGGCGAAGGGGCUGGACACUCUUCUUAGCUUCUUCGUCGUGCUCCUCAUCCUGGUCGGCUUCGCCGGUCUGCUGGCGCUGCUCAUCUGCGGCGUCUGUGCCGUGCGCCGGCGCAUGCAGCGUCGGGAGCUCGCGCGCCGACAAACCGCCCACGAGGAACGGGAGCGGCAGCGUGCGGCGCAGCUCCUGCGGGUCAUCAGCAGCUUGCGGGAGCCCGCGACACGCCCCGGCGCCGCGGCGGGGCGCGCCUCCUCCGUGGACUCCGCCGCCUCCGCCGUCUCCUCCACGCCGGCGGGGCCGGGGAGGCGGCGGCGGGGCCGUUCCUCCUCGCCGGAGCCGCCGCCGCCGCCGGAAGCGCUGAAGAACGGCGACGAUCUCGUGAUCUUUUUGACGCCCGGGGCGGAAACCUCCGCGAAGACGAGCGCGGCCGCGGCGCUGCGGCGCUCCCCGGGCGCCUGCUCCACCUCCUCCUUCGCCCGCAGGCGCGAUAAGUGA